UGGGUAGAGAUUUUAGAGAGAGAAGUAGAGAUAAAUAUAAGGGUCAAAAGAGAGGAGGAGAGAGAGAGAGAAAGAAAGGAGUUAUCUUUUUCUAUCACCAUUUUAUCAAAAAAAUCAAAACUUGCAUGUUUUUCCUUUUUGUAUUUACCAUUCUUGAAAAGUAAGUGAGGAGCCAUUGAUGAGUUGGGUUUUUGCCUUUUUUUUUUUUGGUUUAGUGAGAGACAGUACAUACAUGAGACUUUUAUUUUUGGGGGAGAGAAUUAGAGGUGUGUCCUGUGAGCUCUGUUCCUUUUCAGGUUGUUGAGUCUUUAAUUCUUGAGAGAAAGAAAGUUGGGAUUUUUAUUUAUCCUCAUAUUUGCAUCUGGGAAAAUUUAUUUAUUUAUUUAUUUUGUUUAAAUACAUUAUUGGGUUCAUCACUGAAGUGGGCUUCUGUGAAUUUUGGGGAUCUGGAUACUAGGGUUUGACCAUUUGGUUUCUCUCCUUUCUCUUUGAUUUUUUUUUCUUCCAUGGAAAUUGGGUUUUGACCUGGAUUUCUUGAAUUGGGUUUCUGCGUUUGUGGCUGGAAUUUGAGAUUUUUCCUCGCUUUCAUUUGGAGUUCUGAAGAAAUCUGUGCCUGGUCAGAUUGAUUAUAUAUAUUUCGAUGCAUCUUUCACUAUGGAAGCCCAUAUCUCACUGCGCUGCUCUGCUUAUGGACAAAAAGAGCAGUAAAAGGAGAGAUGGGUCGUCGGAAUCAGCUAGUGAAGUGAAGAAAAACCAAUCAGUUCUCAGAAAACUUCAAGAGAACAAGCUCAGGGAAGCUCUUGAGGAAGCAUCUGAAGAUGGGUCGUUGUCAAAAUCCCAAGACAUCGAGUCUGAGUCCAUGGCCAACCAGGACGAGAGUCUUGGACGAUCACGGUCGCUUGCGAGACUCAACGCUCAGAAGGAGUUUCUUCGAGCUACUGCACUUGCUGCUGACCGAACCUUUGAGUCCGAAGAUGGUAUUCCUGAGCUCCAUGAAUCUUUCAACAAAUUCCUUACUAUGUAUCCCAAGUACCAGUCUUCGGAGAAGAUUGAUCAGCUGAGGUUAAACGAGUACUCUCACUUGUCUCCGAAGGUAUGCCUUGAUUAUUGUGGAUUUGGGCUUUUUUCUUACCUUCAAACAAUUCAUUAUUGGGAAUCUUCUACAUUUAGCUUGUCCGAGAUAACUGCAAAUUUAAGUAAUCAUGCUCUUUAUGGGGGUGCUGAGAAAGGGACUGUGGAACAUGAUGUUAAAAUGAGGAUUAUGGAUUACUUGAAUAUUCCUGAGAAUGAAUAUGGCCUUGUGUUUACAGUGAGUAGAGGGUCUGCGUUUAAGUUGUUGGCUGAAUCAUACCCUUUUCAUACAAACAAAAGACUGUUGACCAUGUUUGAUUAUGAGAGCCAGUCUGUGAAUUGGAUGGCUCAGAGUGCUAGAGAGAAAGGUGCAAAGGUGUACAGUGCCUGGUUUAAAUGGCCAACCUUGAAGCUCUGCUCCACUGAUUUGAGAAAGCAAAUUUCAAACAAGAAGAAGAGGAAGAAGGAUUCUGCUACUGGCCUUUUUGUGUUCCCAGUUCAGUCUAGAGUAACCGGGGCCAAGUAUUCCUACCAAUGGAUGGCAUUAGCUCAACAGAAUAAUUGGCAUGUUUUGCUUGAUGCUGGCUCAUUGGGACCUAAGGACAUGGAUUCACUUGGGUUAUCCCUGUUCCGGCCAGAUUUCAUUAUCACUUCAUUUUACAGGGUUUUUGGCUUUGACCCAACUGGAUUUGGAUGCCUUCUGAUUAAGAAAUCGGUUAUGGGAAGCCUUCAUAAUCAGUCUGGGUGUACAGGGUCUGGGAUGGUGAAGAUUACACCUGAAUAUCCACUAUACCUGAGUGAUUCUGUAGAUGGUUUGGACAAAUUGGUUGGAAUCGAAGAUGAGGAAGUAGCUGUAAAUGGUGAGAAAACCUCUGAAACUCGCCCUGGAUUGCAGUUGCCUGCCUUCUCUGGUGCUUUCACGUCUGCUCAGGUGAGGGAUGUGUUUGAGACUGAGAUGGAAGAUAACUGUUCUGAGAGAGAUGUAACAAGCACCAUAUUUGAAGAAGCUGAGAGUAUUUCAGUUGGCGAGGUAAUGAAGAGCCCAGUUUUCAGUGAAGAUGAGUCAUCAGAUAAUUCAUUUUGGAUUGAUUUGGGUCAGAGUCCACUGGGGUCUGAUAAUGCAGGCCAGAUAAACAAACAUAAGAUUGCCUCUCCAUUGCCCCCCUAUUGGUUUUCCGGGAAAAAAAAUCAGAAAAGAGUUUCUCCUAAACCUACAUCCAGGAUAUAUGGCAGCCCAAUGUAUGAUGACAAAGAUGGAUCACAUGACGAGCGGCAGGUGUUAUCAUUUGAUGCUGCUGUUUUAUCUGUUUCACAGGAACUGGAUCGCGUCAAGGAGAUCCCAGAAGAAGAACAGUUUGCAGAUACAAUUCCCUCUUUGCCAAAUGGUAAAAAGUCUUCCGUUUAUCUGCACAGUGGAGAGAUCCAAGAGGAACCUGAAGUAAGCGGAACGCUUUCUACUGGGUGCAUGUCAAGUUCUGCCACGAAUGGCUCUCGGCUCAAUGAUAUAACUUCCUCCUAUAAGCAUCAUAACUUAGAGAAUGGAACAACUUCUCACUUUUGCUCAGAGAUAAAAGAGAGUGCCAUAAGAAGAGAAACAGAAGGUGAAUUCAGGUUGUUGGGGAGAAGAGAUGGGAAUGCUAGAUAUGCUGGGGGUAGAUUUUUUGGUGUGGAGGAAAAUGAAGUAUCAAGCAGGGGAAGAAGGGUGUCAUUUAGCACAGAAGAAAACCAUCAGGAGCAUCCAAGCCAUAUCAUGCAAACAGGAGAAGUAUCUGCAACUAGCUUGGAUGAUGAAGAUUACAGCAGUGAUGGAGAGUAUGAAGAUGGAGAAGACUGGGACAGGAGGGAACCCGAGAUUAUAUGCAGGCAUCUCGAUCAUGUUAAUUCGUUGGGUCUCAAUAAAACCACCCUCAGACUGCGAUUUUUGAUCAAUUGGCUAGUGACUUCACUACUGCAACUAAAAUUAACUAGUUCAGAUGGAGGCAGCAGAGCCAGUCUUGUUCACAUCUAUGGUCCAAAGAUCAAGUAUGAAAGGGGUGCAGCUGUUGCUUUCAAUCUCAGAGACAGAAAUGGGGGGCUAAUCAACCCGGAAAUAGUUCAGAAACUGGCUGAAAAAGAAGGGAUCUCUUUAGGCCUUGGUUUCCUUAGUCACAUAAGAAUUGUAGAUAGUUUGAGACAGCAACAAGGAGCUUUGAGUCUUCAAGAUACUACACUUUGCAGACCAAUGGAAAAUGGUAGAAAUGACCGAAAGAGCGGCUUCGUACGCAUUGAAGUUAUCACAGCUUCUCUAGGCUUUCUGACCAACUUUGAGGAUGUUUACAAGUUAUGGGCAUUUGUGGCUAAAUUCCUUAAUCCUGUUUUCGUCAGAGAGGGUCAACUGCCAACUGUUGAAGAAGAAUUUGAGACUUAAAAACCCAAAACGGCUGUCUUCGUUUUCUUCUUUUUGGGAGAAAGAUUCUGCUGGAGUUGGAAUGGGUUACUUGACAGGAUAUCUCAAUGCCAAGGCAGAAAAAGUCAUUAAGGAGCUAAGGUAUUAAACAUUCACGUCAAAUUCUGUCAAUUCUGUUCCUCAGUUCUUCAAUCCAGCAGAUGAUUUGUUGAUUCAUAUGUUAUUGCUUGAGUUUUUCUCUUUUCACAUUUUGGAUCUUUGUAGAGUUGGGCAUUUAGAAAUUUGUAUCAUCGUGGAAGUUAUGGUAAACUAAAAGCAGAAUGACAUUGGACACUACUUCCACUUCAUGAAAGUGUAUCCUUUGCUUUCAUACAAAAUUAAAUUCGUUUUUUCUUUUAUUUUCUUUUGUUACCACUGUAAAAAAUCAACUUAGUUUGCACAUUGUAUGUUACUACUUUCUUGAAUGCCAAGUUCUACUUUCAUGUC